CCAGGUUGGAUCCCCACCCAAAAUGUUGUCUCUUCAUUCCCUCCACAGAUAUGCGUUACCCAUUGGGUUCCUCCAGCAAUGUUGUACUUUGCUCAAGACGCCAGCAUCUGCAGUUCCUUGUGUCUAGAAUGGGUUGGGAGAUUACAAUCAAUUCCUUCCUCCGACUCUCAGUGUGAAGAAGGGUCUCCUAUUCCUAUUUUUCUCCAGAGAUGCUGCUUGACCCGUUGCGUUACUGCAGUGUCUACCCGGGGUAGACGUGCUCGCUGGGAGUGAGCCCCGCGGGUGCACGUGGCUGCAGUGACCAAAGCAGUGACUGCCAGGGGCGCGAGAGGGCGCGCGGCCGCGCACUGUAUCCAGUGGACAGUGUAUCAAGUGAGAAUGUAUCCGUCUUGUAUCGGCGUGUGCUCCAUGGCCCUACACUCGCCACUCCGCGCCUUCCCGGCUCUCAAACGUGUCGCAGGCUGGAGAAACCACCGGCUUCAGCCCAAGAGAUGUAUGAAUAGGGACAUUACAGAUGCUCUGAGCGCUGUAGCAGGAGCUGACAACAUUUCCACAUCAAGUGCCGUCCUGGAGCAGCAUGGAAAAGAUGAAUCAUACCACGGGUGCAAACCUCCAGAUAUCGUGGUGUGGCCACAGAAUGUGGAGCAGGUCAGCAGACUGGCUGCAAUAUGUUGGGCAAACGACCUCCCCAUCAUCCCCUUUGGUACAAGCACAGGGCUGGAAGGAGGCGUCGCGGCCCUGAAGGGGGGUGUGUGCUUUGACCUCACAAAGAUGGAUAAAAUCGUGAAGCUCAAUGCAGUUGACUUUGAUGUGACAGUGGAACCAGGAGUCACCAGAAAAAGCCUGAAUAACUACCUGAGAGGCAGUGGCCUCUGGUUUCCAGUGGAUCCGGGAGCAGAUGCUUCCCUGUGCGGAAUGGCCGCCACCAGCGCCUCGGGUACGAAUGCGGUGAGAUACGGCACGAUGAGGGAGAACGUUAUGAACAUGGAAGUGGUGCUGGCAGAUGGGAGGAUCAUGUACACAGCAGGAGCACAAAGAAGGACAAGGAAGACAUCCGCCGGGUACAAUCUGACUAAUCUCUUUGUGGGCUCAGAGGGAACGCUGGGAAUAAUCACCAAGACAACACUGCGUCUCCACGGGAUACCGGAAUCCAUGGUGUCUGCAGUCUGCACGUUUCCAACAGUGCAAGCUGCUGUGGAUUGCACGGUGCAAGUGCUGCAGUAUGGCAUUCCCAUAGCAAGGAUAGAGUUCCUGGACGAUGUGAUGAUGGAUGCUUGUAAUAAGUUCAGCAAACUGAAUUACGCAGUGUCAUCAACGCUCUUCCUGGAGUUCCAUGGUACUGAGAAAAGCCUGGCAGAGCAGAUCCAGGUAACAGACGAAAUAAUGAAGGCAAACAGAGGCUCUGAUUAUAUUUGGGCCAAAGAUCAAGAAGCUCGGGAUAAGCUUUGGCAAGCACGGCACAACGCGUGGUACGCUGCACGAGCCCUGAGGCCGGGCUGUAAGGCUUAUUCUACAGACGUGUGUGUUCCACUCUCAAAGCUACCUGAAAUCAUAGUGGCUACUAAAGAUGACCUGAUACAGUCAAAGCUUACAGGACCUAUUGUAGGCCAUGUAGGAGAUGGCAACUUCCACUGUUUGAUGACGAUGGACCCAAGGGAUAAGGAUGAGGAGAGAAGGGUGAAAGAGUUUACUGACAGAUUGGCCAGGCGAGCUCUGGCCAUGGAUGGCACCUGUACUGGGGAACACGGCAUCGGCUUGGGCAAACGGCAUCUCCUGACUGAAGAAAUUGGUGCUGUCGGUAUGGAGGUGAUGAGAGGAAUUAAGGCUGCAUUGGAUCCAAAACAAAUUAUGAAUCCUGGCAAAGUGGUGUAGAGCAUUUGAAAGGGAAUAUCCUUUCUCUGGCCAGAGAUUUCCACUUCCCAACAAUCUGCGAGUUGGAACGUGAAUGGGAUUUAUAAAUGGACACACAGAACUUCCUUUUAAAGCCAAUGCAUGGGUAGUAUGUUUCCCACCAAGAGUGAGUUCCUGACAUUGGCUCCAACACUAAGUACAUCUGCUUGACAGAUAAAGUUCACUCCAGUUUUCACUCGAAUAAUUGAUCAGUUGAUUUGAUGAAAAAUUAAACUUUGCUUUCAAAUUGUCAACUUGAUGGAUGCAAGACAUGAACAUGUUUUAUAAUACAGGAGCAUACUUGACCAGUCCCCACUAGAUGUUUCAAAUGAUUCUUGUUCCGGGAGAGAUCAGAGGCACAUUUUAAUCCCCAGAUGCCAUUUUUUUUCCCCUUUUAGAUAACAGUUUAUUUUUUGAUUUGGAAAAUGUUUAAUAUAUGUCAUGCUCUGAUUAUUUUGCUCUAUGUAAGAAUGAAAAACAAUAUUGAAUUACAUUCCCUAUUACCUCUCAGAAAAUUCAGCUGUUAAACAAGAAAUCAUAUUUCCCGUCAUGAAUGCAAACAAUACUGCAAAAUUGACGUUUAGUCAAUGUUCCCAUGCUGACCAAGGGCCAAUCUACACCUGUCCACGUUAGGCCCAUAUCCCUCUAAAUAUUUCCAAUCCCUGUACCUGUUCAAAUACAUUUAAAAUGUUGUAUAAUACCUGCCUCAACUACCUGCUCGGGUAGCUCGAUCCCUAUAACUAUCACCCUCUGUGUGAAAAAGUUACCUCUCAGGAUCCUAUUAACACCUUAAACCUAUGUCCCCUGCUUCUUGAUUCCCCUACUCUGGGUAAAAGACUCUGUGCAUCUACCCUAUCAAUUCCCCUCACAGUCUUAUACACCUCUAUAAGAUCACUACUCAUCCUCCUGUGCUCCAAGGAAUAAAGUCCGAGCCUGUGCGACCUCUCUCUGUAGUUCAGGCCCUCAAGACCUGGCAACGUCCUCAUAUAUCUUCUCUGCACUUUUCCAGCUUGACAAUAUUCUUCUUGUAGUAGAGUGACCAAAACUGAAGGUGGUACUCCAAAUGUGGCCUCACCAUCUUGUACAAUUGUAACAUAACAUCCCAACUUCUAUACUCAAUAUCCUGACUGAUGAAGGCCAAUGUGCCAAAAGCCUUCUUGAUCAUUCUAUCUACCUGUGACUCCGCUUUCAAAGGAACUAUGUACCUACACUCCUAAAUCCCUCUGGUCUACAACACUCCCCAGGGCUCUGCUACAAACUCACUGUAACUCCUACCUAUGAAGCUCUCAUUCUCAUGGAUGAUCUUGAGGUCGUCCAUCUGCAGCUCUGGUGCUCUAAUGCUACACUUGAACACAAUUGCCACAAGUGUCGACACUAGCAGUUACCCUGAUUUCCCACAUCCAGCAGCAGGAAUAUUGCACCAUUCAACCGACCAGCACUACUCUGCUAAAACCAAGAGAAAGAAAAGCACAAUAAUCACACAGGAAACAGCAGGCUGUAUCUCUACCUCAUGUCCCCCUCAGCUCAGCCUCCUCACCGAAGCCUCUCGAGCCAAAGCCCAAUACUUACCAUCCCACAGCAAUUCUCCAUGCAGUUUCUUUCCCAACAUGGCCGCUCGCAAGAGACCCCUGCGUGACACAUCUUCUUCUUGUUUCUUCUCCUUUCCCCUGUGACCUCCAGCCCAAUCACCCCUCUCCUGCCUUAUUUAAAGGCACGUUCUAAAAGGCAACCAGGAUACUUUGAGUAUCGGUGGAACGAUCACAGAAGCAAGGUACAGCACUUAAAUGGCAGAAAUGUAUUAGACAGUACGUGCAGGAGUAGGCCAUUUGGCCCUUCGAGCCAGCACCACCGGAUUGUGGGCUGUGUACCAGGGUUUUGAGUUUCCACCAGCAAGGAAGUUCAGACUAUCUCCUCAAAUGGUUGGUAAUGUCAGUCUCUGGUGUGGACAAGUGCUGAAAGGUUCUGCUUGUGCCUGGAGGGCCACAUGGCAUUGCGCAACACAGAUUUCCCAAAGUAAAACUCUCGAGCCAAAGCUUAACACCUACUACAGUUAUUUACUACACUCACGAGGUGUUCCUGGAUUUGGAGAAUCUAAGCACAGGUGUCUUGUGCAACAUUAACUCAAUUAAAAUGGAGAAACUGAAAAUUAUAGGAAGCAAAUGUCUUCCAUUGUGUUUAUGAACUCGACCAAUUGAAAACCGAGCAACACCAACUAAUAAUUUUCUUUCAGAGUCAAUUGUUGCAUUUGGCAAUGUUGGAAAUGGCAUAAAGAAUAUGGCUAUGCAUAAAGCAAAAUUCCUGUUAAAAUUACUGGAGAAGUGACAUUGCGUGGGAUGGGAAUUGGUCAGCAAUGAGUGAAAUGAAUCAGGGUCCUGGAAUGAAAUUACUUUUAAAUUAAUCUGGAAGAUCUGAUAUGUUCCUGCCUUGUUGCACAAUUUAAUAAACUGGAACAUCUGAUAUAUAGUGAUCUUGCAUAGACAGCGUCACACAUGACAAUAUCCAAUGCCAAUCCUGAAUCGUUCGUAAAUUUAAUUAUUUUAAAUCCAAAUCUGUUAAAAAUGGUGUAAAACGCCACGUGCUGGAGUAAUUCAUCGGGUCAAGCAACAUCGAGGCAGGGAAUGGACAGGCAGCGUUUCGGGUCAUGACUUCUUCAGACUGAAGAUGAUGACUCGCUGAGUCCCACCAGCACAUUGUGUUUUGCUGAAGAGUCCAGCAUCUGCAGUUCCUUGUGUCUACAGUUAAAAUUGUACAAACCUGGCACAAUAAACUUUAAUUUCUGAAUCAAA